AUGGGUCAACAAUCGGUCCCAUGGAUCCGGGUUUUAAAAUGCUGAUUUUACCCGAUUGAGUGAACAGACAAUAUGCUCCCGCAGGAACAUAUAAUCUUUCGACCGAGGGAAAAUCGUAUCGCCCUUAAUUUGCCCUCCUCUGCAGAUCCUCUCCCUCUCCCUCUCUCUCUCUCUCUCGCUUGAAAGGGGCUAGAAAAUAUAUCUCCAUAGCCGCUAAUAUUCUACCCUCGUGAAAUUCCUAAUUUUCAUGCUUCAGCUCUUUUGUGUUUCAUGAAUCUGUGGUCCAAAAACGACAAAAUCAGUGAUGGGUUUUCUCCCCUCUUGCUAGUCUGUUUGAUUCAUCACUUCCUUUGAAUACAGAAAAUGUUCACAAAUGAAGGGAGACAAAUAGAGCGCACCGGGAAGUACGGCACCCCCAGAGAACAAUACCUUCAGGAGCUGGUGACUCAGUUUCAGAUGGCGACUGAUGAAGAAUCAAAGGAGAGAAUAGUUCAACAUUUGGCUAAUUUUGCUUAUGAUCCUUACAAUUACACAUUUCUACGCAAGUUGAAUGUUUUGGAGCUUUUUUUGGAUUGCAUAACAGAGCCAAAUGAGAAGUUGGUGGAGUUUGGGGUCGGUGGAAUCUGUAAUGCUUGUGUUGAUCCAUUAAAUGCGCAAGUUAUAAUGCAGAGUGGUGGAAUCCCUUUGAUCAUAACAUGCUUAUCCAGCCCAGUAACAAACACUGUCAAUUAUGCUCUCGCAUCUCUCUACUAUCUCUGUAAUCCAACAACCAGAGCCAAGAUUUUGAAGGCAGAGGUUGUGGAGCUUAUUACGAAAUAUGCUGAAGCUGGGGCAGUUAGUGUGAGUUUCAGCAAUCUUGCACAGGCAUUCUUGGACAAGCAUGUCGACCGAUAAGAGGAGAGAGAAAGAUUGUACUAUUCAUUUUGUUCUAAUAAGAACAUGUAGUAUUCAAUUUGUUCUAUUAAGAGCAUGCGUUCAUCAUCAUCGUCAAAGUUUUUUUCUAACUUAAUUAGAGUUUAUUAAGAGCAUGUGUUAGAAGUGUUAAAUUUUGAAUAUGUCAAAUGAGGAGACUUUCCUGUUC